AUGUCCCGGAGGAAAUACAAUCUUCCCGCGCUAGACAAACCCUCCCUGAACAAAACCUACGAGGAGGAGUCGAAGCUCGUGCCCACUAGCAGUGGCGUAACUUUGGAGGGUCAGCUUGAGACACGCCCUGACCUCAGCCGGCCGCGGGGCGCAUUUACGUUGACGCAGAUUGAGAACGGGAGGGUGCUGAGGCGUGUUACGGUUGCCCCGGCCAUGUUCAUGGCCAUGGGGGAGACUUCAGGGCGAUUGAUCCGGUGGAGAUACUGGAAAGAAGGUUCCGGCGACGUGGAUUGUGCAUUGGGAUGGGGAUCGUAUGGUUCCUAG